AUGUAAAUACAUUGGUGGGUUAUAUUAAUAAUCAGCCUUUGCUUAAUAGUAAUACUAUUUUUUGUCGUUAAAGGAAUAAGGAAAUUAUUAGGGACAAGAAAUCUUUAUAAAAAAGGACAUUCAUAGAAUCUAAAACAUCAUAAUAAUGUUUCUAUUAAAUCCAAAUAAGAACCGUAAUUAGAAGUUUAUGUAUUAGACGAAGCCAUUUAGAAUACUUUAUCAGUUGUUAGCAAUUUAUAUAAGGAAGAAAGAGUUUUAAAUAAAAAUAAGGAGGAAAAAAGUCUUGAGGGUUAAGGUAAAAGCGAAAUGGAGGACGACUUAAAUUCAGAUAGAAGUCAAAAUCAAAAGCUUAUUUAAUAGAAUAUUAAAUUUUAUUCCGGUGAAAGUAAGAAUGAAAAUAAUCUCAUUAAUAAUUAAGAUAUAGACAAGUAAAAUAAUGAUGCUCAAUAAUUUGAAGCUGAGUAGAAUUUAAAAGAAAAUUAAAUUAACUUAAAAAAUAAUAGUUAAGCUAUAGAGAUUGAAAUAAGCAAGCUAUAGGGCCAAGAUAACAAAAGUUUAAAUACUAAUAGGGGAAAAUUGAGCAAAUAGAUAUCACAGAAAGAUUUUCAGAGUUAAGAUAUAUCAUGCAGCGAAUUUAGUUCAACUAAACAUCUUACUUUAUUGAAAGACCUUUAAAUGAAAAAGUAGAUAAGCUAGGAGGCAGAGAGCUAAAGUCCUUAAAAAUCAAUUGUCAUUUAAAUAACUCCUACUGAUAAUCAAAAUUAAUAGAAGUAUAAAUUCAUAAGAGUUAAUAAGAACAAACUUAUGUAUGUCGAGGAUAGAUAUAAUUAUUAUACUGGUCUUGCUUUCUAUUACAAAGUAUAGUAUGAUAAGGAAUAUAAUCCAAAGUUUGAAAUAUACGAAGGAUAGUUUGAUAAAGGUAAGAAAUCAGGCAAAGGUAUACUAUAUGGAGGAAAGUCUAAGUUUAUUAAUUAUGAUGGAGAUUGGAAAGAUGACUAAUAGCAUAAAGAAAUACAAGAAUAAAAAUAAGAAUAAGAAGGAGAUGUAAAAAUAGAGAUAGAGUAAAUAGUAAAGCCAAAGAAAAAAAUAUAAAUUUUUGAAGAAGGAAAACUCAUUUAAAUUGAUAAGAAAAACCAAAAUUAAAUACCCUUUGAUUAAUAAACCUAAUGGGUUAAGUUUAACCAAUAAUAUUGUACGAAAGAUAUGGAGAUUUUGAAAAAGGAGACAGUAUGGUUUACAAGUUCAAUAAUAGAUGGACUUGUUGAAUACUUAAAUAUUUAGAUGGAAAAUUAAUUAAUAAACUUCCUUAAAAAAGAUGUGAAAAGGUAUCUAUUUUGUCCUAGUUAUCUUUACACUAAUAUGUCAUAAGAUAGGAUCUAAAAUAAUUUAAUUAUUUUCUAAAACCAUAUUUUGGAGUUUGAACCAAUAGAUUUCAAUCUUACGCCUUUAUUUUAAAGAGUGUACUUUGCUAUCAACAAAAGUAAGAGUCACUUUUUCUUAUUAUAUAUUGAUUUCCCUUCGAAAUCCUUAAAUAUUGUAGAUUCUAUAUAAAAAAAAGAAAAUGCCUAUUCAACUGAAAUUAAGAUCUUUCAGAACAUUUUCUAAUAGCAAAUAACUUCUACAAACUUCAUAUCCUGCACAUAAUAAAGAAAUGGUUACGAUUGUGGACCAUAUACUUGUCUUAAUAUGUAUUAAGAUUUUUAUAAAUUAAUGCAAGUGGCAUAUCCAAAAAAUAAGUAAUAAACAAUAAAUAACCCAUUAGAAAUGAGGUAAUUUUUAUUUGAUAUUUUAAAGAAUAAUGAUAAUAAAUGA